UCAGCGAAUUGGCAGACGCGAAUGGAUAUGCAACGCGGCAUGGAUUACUCCUGAAUCGCUACAUUUUAUGAAUGCAUAGUGUGAGAAGCUGCAGUAUUUGAAAUGUUUAUACACUGUAUUAUACAUAUGUAGUGCAUACAUGCAUACUGUAGUGUGUGCAAAAGACUACAGAACCGAUGAGGUUGAUUAGAAUAUUUUGAACCAAGUUCACCUAUUCUUCGUCUUGUCACAUCGCUGCUGUAAUCUUCCAUUUGUAUUUUAAAAGAUAGUGUUUCUACAGAACAUGUUUCGAAAGCGGCUAACGCAUCCCAAGAAUCUAACCUAAAUUGUUCACUGCUCUGUGAGAAGUAUCCCUCAACGUGUAGCAGUGUGGUAUUCAUCAAGUACAGGCAGAUAUUACGGUGUCAAUACACCAAACCGAACGAAUUAUGAACAAAACAGCAAGACAGGUGUUGCGACUCUGUGCCGCAACUCGUAACCUUGGAAAAUUUCCAGGACACAUAGGUUCGACGUACUAUUUUAAAAUCCCUUUGCGUUCGUAUUCUUCCAUCCCUAAAGACGAUGGGCUUCCCACAUUGACAGAAGCUACAGAUCGAAAGAACGAUGUUAUCUUCAAAAGUUUGAGCAGCGCAAAUACAAUACCAGACAUACUUGAUGUGGUGAAAAAAUAUCGUUCAAUGUUGAGCCAUCAGCACUCAAAAAUAGCUAUGAAGAAACUUGUUCAUCUACAGUAUGCAACACACAAAGACACCGACCAAUUUAUUGUUAAUAAUCCGGGUUUCUUAAUACUUUGCGAAGCAGUGAUCAGUGAUAUUAAAUCAUUAGAUGCAAAUGAUGCUGUAGAUAUGUUAAGACUUGUUACCAGUUGCAAGGUACCAUCAACCAGCGUAUUAUCGCAAUCUCUACUCCAGGUCAUUCGUCAGUCUAUAAGCCACUUGAAAUUUCGUCAAUUAGUUGAUCUGCAUUUCCUGUUAAAGGAUCUUGAUUAUUCACCAUUGACAAAAGCACUGAGAAUAGCUGUACCAAAUAUGUGUGAAAUUCAGCUUAGUAACAAAAUGUUAGAUAUGGAAGAUGAUUCAGAUUUAACAACUGCACUAGCGUUUUUAGCUACCAGUUCAAAGAAUAUGAAAUUGUUAGAAGUGGUAAUCAAUACCCUCUGCAGCAAAGGCCAAGAUAUGAAUUCUUUCAUCGCCCGUAGAAUCUUUCGAUAUUUAUGCAUUUGUGAACACUUAACACCUGGAUAUGAAGAGUUAUUGUUCAACGUACAGCAGGUUAUCAUAAAAAAUAUGCACCAAAUGAGUAGCUCAACUACUUCAGAUUUAAUCUUGAAACUUACCAUCAAAAUUACUGAAAAAGGACAUAAAGAGUUUUAUAACGAGGAAUUUGUUGAUGCUUGUGCAGAGCAUAUUAUUUCUACAGAUGCUGGAUUAAAACAGGGUGUUGCAAUGCUAAGCAAAUUACGGCGGAUAGGUCAUACGCAAAUUCGAUUGAUUGAUUACGUUGCUGCCAAAUGCUUUGAGAACCCUUCCAUAUUGACUAACUCUGGUCACAAUUGUUACAUGAAUUUGAUAAUAGCUUUAGCCAUGGCUGACUAUAAACCAAUAUUUUGGGAAAUCAUACAUGAGAUAAUAUUGAAGAAUAUAGCCAAGAAUGAAUAUCCAGAUAUACGAUUAAUGUUGAAUUUAGCAACCAGUUUGGCAGUGUUUGAUUCUUUCAACAAAGAUCUUACAAAAAGAGUGUUCAAUACGGGCUUUCUGAAACACAUACUGACUAAAAUAGAUGUAAAGAAUACUUACUGGAACUUAUUACUAUUUUACCAAGCUGUAAAACUCUUCUCUCCUACCUAUACCGGGCCUUGGCCAUCUGAACAAAUAAUACAGACUGCAAUUGAACUUAAUGGAUUGAAUCAAUCUAAAGCCAAUUUACUACCUGCCUUAGUACAAGCCAUGGGUGGCUCACAGUAUAUUCUGUCCAAUCUUAAGACAAAGCUAGGACAUCACAUUGAUCAUGUCAUCAUUAUGAGGAAAGGUGGAUAUCCAGUAGCUGUGAAUACAUCGGAAAUAAGUGAACCAAACAUCACCCCAUACAUAGAAGAUCUUCAACUCCCCGUUGACAGUCAAGUUAUCAUUGUCAUCAAUUUGCCGGACGAUGCAUAUUCCACUAAUUCUCGCCGUCUAAAAGGAGAUUGGGCCUUACUACUGAAAACAUUAGAAACUCUUACUGGAUACACCGUUAUCUCGAUAAGUUCGAAGAUGUGGAAUGGACUAAUGGAUCGUGAGAAAAUUCCAUAUCUGAUGCAAGCCAUCAGACUAAAGUUUGAUAGUAUUUCAGCAUUUGCAAAUGUGUGAAAUUUAGUAGUGUCACUAAUAAUGGAUACAUAAAAUUGCGAGGACUAAUGGUGCUGCUGAUUAUAAUAUAGAUUGUAUUGCAGACCAUUGUCUUUAUGUAUAUAUAAACAUGUAUGAAAAUGA